CACACCCUCUCUCUCUCGCUCUCUCUCUCGCUCUCUCUCUCUCUCUCUCUAAUUUCCCAUAUAUACUCUUUUUCUAUAUCUUCUUGCCUUUACUCAUCUCUUUCUUGCUUUUGCAAGCUCUAGAAAGAAACCCAUAUCCUAUCCACCGAAAGAGGUGGAAUUGAACCCUAGCAAGUCUUCGACUUCGACAUACUAUCUGAAAUUCAAGCUUUGGUUCGAACCAUUUACAGUUUUGAAUUACAAAGGUGGUAACAAUGUCAACACCUGCAAGGAAGAGGCUGAUGAGAGAUUUCAAGAGGUUGCAACAAGACCCUCCUGCAGGAAUCAGCGGUGCACCCCAUGACAACAAUAUAACACUUUGGAAUGCUGUUAUUUUUGGUCCUGAUGACACUCCAUGGGAUGGAGGUACUUUCAAGUUGACACUUCAGUUUACCGAGGAUUACCCAAACAAGCCACCAACAGUGCGCUUUGUUUCCCGAAUGUUCCAUCCCAAUAUUUAUGCUGAUGGGAGUAUAUGUCUGGAUAUUCUACAAAAUCAGUGGAGUCCAAUAUAUGAUGUGGCGGCUAUACUGACAUCUAUCCAGAUUCUUUUGAUUGUCUUGAAGAAGUGGCUCUACAUUGUUGAAACAAAAAUUAUGGUAGUGGCUAGGAAGAACAGACACUUCUGUUGAGGAAGCGUGUUGUGUUGAUAUUCUUCAGACACUCCUACAAAUGCGUCCGACACUUCUUUAAUGUGUCUUAAUCAAAAAUCAAAUCCAUUAUAUCAAAAAUCUGUAAUUAUUACAUGAAUAAUAUCUUCAUGUUUAAGUUAUGAAAUAUGUAGUUUUUUUUAUUUAAUUAGUGUUAUGUUACAUAUUUUCCAUUUUGGCGGAUCUGUGUCUGUGCUACUUAGGGGUACAAGAAAUUCUUCUUAGGGGUACAAGAAAUUCUUCUUAAAAUUAUUGAUAUGCUUUUUUUUUUUCUA